AUGUCCGCGUGCCCGCUUUUAUCCACCGCGCGCCCUCCAUGCGUGCACGGACGUCACUGGAAUCUCCGACGAGGGCUCUUCGGGUGCUGCCUUGUGAUGCACAUCGUGCUACACAGCAGUCUGGCGCAAGUAGGCGGCCAGGGGUACCUGGAGGGCCAAGGCCGGGCGAGAGGAACGGUCUCGCAGCGGGGUUUAACGGCGCAGCAGCAGCAACAGCAAGGCGGUGGUACAGUGACGCGGUUGUAUCUUCUGCCCGGCAACCCGUACGGCGCCAAGUGUCUUGACGGCAGCCCCCCGGGGUACUAUCACAGGCCGGGCUAUGCGGCGGGCAGCGCGGCGUGGCACAUCCACCUCCCGGGCGGCGGGUGGUGCACGUCUAUGGCGGGGUGCAUGCACCGCGCGCAGACGAACCAGGGCAGCACGCGUUCGCGCCCCACCGUCAUCGUGCGGGGCGGCAACGACAGGGACGAGGGCAGCGCGUCCCCGGCGCGCGGAAUCAACUCCCCGGACCCGAAAGUGAACCCGCUGUUCCACAACUGGCACCUCGUGCGCCCCAUCUAUUGCGACGGCGGGGGCUUCGCGGGCCGCGCUGGCUGGCGGGCUGUGCGCGGCGGUGGCAGUGCAGGGACGGCGGGGUUGUACCUGGACGGGUGGAAGAUCAUACACGCCGUGCUCAAUGGUGGGUGCGACGCCGUGACAGACCUGAAGCAGAAUAGGGGCAUGGCUCGGGCAGCCAGCAUUUUAUUGACGGGCAGCUCAGCGGGCGGACAAGCAGUGAUUACGCUGUGCGACCGCGUGGCGCUCCUCUUCCCGUCGGCCACCGUCAAGUGCAUUCUGGACGCUGGCUUCUUUGUUGAUGCGGAGGACCGGUGGCAUGGGAAUACGAUGAGCACUAUGGUGCACAGCAUGGCGGCCCUGCACGCCAUGCGACUCAACCUGCACUGCACACAAGGUCAGCACCUCCAGGUUCAUUGUAGCUUUGUUAAUGUCACAGUCUUCUGCUCUCUCUCUCUCUCUCUCUCUCUCUCUCUCUCUCUCUCUCUCUCUCUCUCUCUCUCUCUCUCUCUCUCUCUCUCUCUCUCUCUCCCUUUCUCGUAUGCACCUCUUCUUCCCACUCACAGCUUCCCUUGCUCAAGCUGGACUCACUUCCGUUGCCUGCUCCCUGCCUCGAUCCCUCCCUCUAUUUCCCUUCAUCCAGCCUACCCACUGCAAGAGCAGUGGCGAUGUUUCUUCGCGCACCGCUCGCUGCGCUUUGUGUCGGCGCCGCUGCUGGUGGUGAACUCGCUGCUGGACUACCGUGCGCUCACCAUCGGCAACCAGCUGCGCCCCAGUGCCACCCUCGGCACUCAGUGCUUGCGCUCCCUGGUCAAGCAGGCCAACGGCGACAUCAAGACAAUGCUCUGGAGUAAGCAGUGGAGGUUGUGGGGAGCCGUUGGGAAAGAGAAGGCUUGGCAGGAAAAGGCCGGGGCAGGGAGUGAAUGUCAGCCAGCAGAGAGGAGGGCGGUGUUAAAUGCUGCAUGGAAGGUGCUGCGCAGCACAGAUGCUGCGAGGAGAAAGAGAGGGACGCAGAUAAGCAACUUUGUGACAGUGGCUGUGGCCCACUGUUCGCUCACGAGCCCCAAGUGGACUGCUGUUACUGUGAAUGGAACAAACUUGAGGGAUGCAGUUACCAAGUGGUGGCUUGCCAAGGCGCACAAGGUUACACCGUCUACUGUCGGUGGUAACGCUCGCUUCAGGCACGCUGGCAGUGCGAGGCAGAAGGCGAGGUCGAACGAGAGCAGAGGAGGGUCAAGAGGAGCCAUGCAGAGGCAGGUGAAGUAUUCCUCGAAUGCAUUGCAGCGGACUGGCUCACAAGACCAAGCAGCAGAUAUUCACACAAGAUAUGAUUUGAGAGAGAGUAGUGAAGAGCAGAAAGAGAGUGAUGCAGCAGUGGCUGUUCGGCAUGCCCCCCCAAGCAUACGGACUGGGCAUGCCACAGGUACACACCCUUCUCAAACUGGCCUGGGAAGCAAUGACUCCCUCGGCGACUCGUUAUCCGACUGGUUCAACUCAUGA